UAUGUGUGCAAGUGUGUAUGUGUGUGCACGUGAGUGAGGGAGUGACGGAGCACAGUCCCAGUUUCUGCACUGCAGUUCUCUUGCACAGUAGUGGACUAAAUGCAGCUGUAGCAAUAGCGGCGGAAAAGAGCUGGCAGCUUGCCAAUGGGAAUAAGGUAAAAAGAGAAGCAGGGGAUGAUAGGUCAAUGCAGUAUCAAACAGUGCUGACCUCCUGACACGGUGUAUUGGCAGCAUGGUGGAAUGAGAUGGGGGAUGGGCAGGUGGUGGUGGAGGGGUGCCACCCCUAUGCCCUCUUUGACAGUUUUGUGCAGGCGUCCACAUGCAGGGAAACACUACGGGCGUUUCAAGAACUCUGCACAGAGCUGAACCUGCAGCCCGGAGGCAAACUACAGUUCUACAGAACCCUGAGGUCCAAACUAAACUACUGGAGGGCCAAAGCUCUGUGGGCUAAGCUGGACAAACGAGCUGGACAGAAAGUGUACCAGAGGGGCCUCGCCUGUGCAAACACUACAUGUUUAAUAAUAGGUGCAGGGCCAUGUGGACUACGUACAGCUAUCGAGCUAAGUUUUCUGGGUGCAAGGGUAGUACUUGUGGAAAAGAGGGAUGCUUUCUCUCGCAACAAUGUUCUUCAUCUGUGGCCCUCCACCAUCCAGGAUCUGCGAGGUCUUGGGGCCAAAAAGUUCUAUGGAAAAUUCUGUGCUGGUUCAAUAGAUCAUAUUAGUAUUCGCCAGCUGCAGUUAAUACUGUUAAAGGUAGCCCUGCUCCUUGGGGUGGAGGUUCAUGUGAAUGUGGAGUUCAAAAGUAUGAGGGAGCCUGUGAAGGAACAAGAGAAGCAAAGUAUUGGCUGGAGAGCUGAAGUUCAUCCCACUUCUCACCCAGUGAGUGAGCUAGAGUUUGAUGUGGUUGUUGGAGCAGAUGGCAGGAGGAACACCUUACCAGGGUUUCGCAGAAAAGAGUUUCGUGGGAAGUUGGCCAUUGCCAUCACAGCAAAUUUCAUCAACCGUAAUACCACAGCAGAAGCCAAAGUUGAAGAGAUCAGUGGGGUGGCCUUCAUCUUUAACCAGAGGUUCUUCCAGGAGCUUCGUAGUGACACGGGUAUUGACCUGGAGAACAUUGUCUAUUACAAGGAUGACACCCAUUACUUUGUCAUGACAGCUAAGAAACAGAGUCUGCUGAAAAAAGGAGUCAUACUGCGUGACUAUGCAGACACAGAGCUCUUGCUCUCCCGCAGCAAUGUGGACCAGAACGCACUGCUGUUAUACGCACGAGAGGCUGCAGACUUCUCCACCAACCACCAACUCCCAACGCUAGACUUUGCCAUGAACCACUAUGGGCAGCCAGAUGUUGCUAUGUUUGAUUUCACCUGCAUGUACGCAUCUGAGAAUGCGGCCCUUGUACGUCAGCGACGAGGUCAUGGGCUGCUGGUUGCUCUUGUAGGGGACAGUCUGCUGGAGCCCUUCUGGCCAAUGGGGACAGGAAUUGCCCGGGGUUUUCUGGCUGCUAUGGACACAGCAUGGAUGGUUCGCAGCUGGGGACUGGGCACUGCCCCUUUAGAGGUGCUGGCUGAGAGGGAGAGUGUGUAUCGGUUACUGCCUCAGACCACACCAGAGAAUGUCAGUAAGAACUACAGCCAGUAUAGCCUGGACCCUGCCACCCGCUACCCCAAUCUCAGCACACAGAUUAUUAAUGCUGCUCAGGUGUGGCAUCUCAUAGACACAGAUGAAGGGCCGGUUUUGGGAAUGGUCACAGGCCUGUCUCCAGCAUCAAAGCUUCCACACAAAGACUCCACAACUCGUUCGAGUAAACUGCUAGGCUGGUGUCAGGAGCAGACCAAAGACUACAGGGGUGUAUGUGUGACUGACCUCACUAUGUCCUGGAGAAGUGGUCUGGCCCUUUGUGCUCUCAUUCACAGAUACAGGCCUGACCUCAUUGAUUUUGACUCUCUGGAUGAGACUGAGGCUGAGCUGAAUAACCAGCUUGCUUUGGACAUAGCUGAACAGGAGCUGGGCAUCUCACCAAUCAUGACAGGCCAGGAGAUGAGUGAGCUGGAGGAGAGUGACUCCCUCUGCAUGGUCAUGUACCUCAGUCAACUUCAUGACCUUUUCAAAGACACAGUACCACCUAGUGAAAGUCUAAGUCCUGAAGAGAGAGCUGCUCUGGUUGCCAGCACCAAGUCUCCAAUGAGUUUGCUUAACAGGCUGGGACAGAAUAUGUCACGCAAACGCAACACUAAGGAGAAGAAAGAGAAGGAUGAUGAUGGAGUUGGAAAAAGAAGGCGAACAAGCCAAUCAGGCCAGCCGGAAGAAGAGGAUGUUUCGCCAGAUCAGCAAGAACAGCAAACACCACCGCUGUCUCCUGAGUCUGACACAAGCACAGCAUCCCUUUUUGGCAGUAGCCAAAGCCGAGUCAAGUCAAUGGCGUCCCAGCUACAGGCCAAGUUUGAAGAAAAUGCACCCUCAACUUCAGCCGCUGCAGUACGAAGACAGAAGUACAUUAAGAUGUACACAGGGGGAGUAAGCUCACUGGCUGAACAGAUAGCCAGUCAGCUUCAGAGUCAGCAUGCACACUCCAAGCCCCUUCUUGACAGAAAGGAACUGGGCUCUCAGCGAAAGGAAUUUCCAGUGAGCGUCGGCGGCAGUGACAUCUGUCAUUUCUGCACCCGUCGGGUCUAUAUAAUGGAGAGACUGAGCGCUGAGGGCAAGUUCUUUCACAGAAGCUGUUUCCAGUGUGGCCACUGUAGCUCUACACUACACCUCUCCAAUUAUGCCUACGAUGAGCAACAAGGGAAAUUCUACUGUAAGCAGCACUACAGCUACAGACUGGCCGUGAUGACUCAGAGGAAGACACCAGCUCCAAUCACAGCAUCGCAUCCUUCACAGCAGGCAUCACCUGACCCUUCUUCCGCUCACCUGUCUAUCUCAUCCACUAUAACUGUGGAAGUGGUUCCUCCUCCUGGUGACCAAUCCCCCAGCACACCUCCAGACGUGCCAUAUGGACUGGCGAAGCAGCUGGGUGGCACUCCUGAGCGCAUUGCAUUGGAAAACUACAAACCGUGCUUGCAGGAGCUGGGCAGCCCACUGCUGGAGGUACCUGAGGAGACUCUUGCUCAGCAUAACCUUAGUCAGAGCCUUCAGGAGAAAGGAGCUGAGGAACAGUCCAGUAGUUCAGAAUCAGAACUAGAAGAAGAUGAAGAGGAGCCACAGGCUGAAAUUUCUGGUGUGAGUGAGCUGAACUGCAGGGAAGAUCUAAAUGAAAAGGAGGAGGAGGAGGAAAAACAGGAUGUUACUAGAGUCGAGGAAGAUGAUGAGAAAAAGCAAGGAAUAGAAGAGGAAAAAAAGGACGUUACUAAAGUCGAGGAAGAUGAUGAGAAAAAGCAAGGAAUAGAAGAGGAAAAAAAGGACGUUACUAAAGUCGAGGAAGAUGAUGAGAAAAAGCAAGGAAUAGAAGAAGAAAAACAGGACGUUUCUGGAGAUGAGGAGGAGGAAUUGGAAUCCAGUGAUGAGGGCGAAUACAGCCCUUGGGACAAGGAGCUGCUAUUAGGGGUGUGGAUACAUGAAGAAGAGGCAGGUGGGAUUAAAGAAUCUUUUGUGGAACACUCUGAUGAUCCAGAACUAAAACAUCUCUUGGAAAGUUCUUGUGGCCUAGAAGAUAAGAAAGUCUCUAUACCUAUAGAGGCCCAGCCUUCUUUUAGAGACUGUUCUCUUUCCUUAGAAAGCACACACACACCUCAGAAAGAUUCCAUACCCAUCUAUACCCUGACAUCAAACUUGCCUGUGACACCAGUGGACCCAUCCGCUAAAAGGACAGAGGUUAUUGGGGAAUUCUGGCUGAAAAGUGCAGAGAUCAGAAAGAGUUUGGGGCUAGCAUCAGUGCCUUUGGUUGAUGAACAAAAGAAGAUGGACAGCACAUCCAUACAAAGUUCUUGCACUGCUGACACGUUUUAUGUUUCUGCUACACACACACCAUCUGUCUAUACAUCUGCAUCUGACUCACCUUCACACACUCCUCAUAAAAGUGACUUAAGCAGCCAAACCUCAGGUACACCAACUCAGAGCAUAUGCACUCGCAGCACGGAGAUGUCUUCUCAGCCUGAUAUUGAAAGUGCCACCACACAUGUCUUAGGUGGCACACCAUACAGCAGCAGCUCAGAAACUCCAGAAGUACAUAGACCUGACAACACUAUGAAGAGUCAUGUUAUAGAAGAGAAUAGUGCAAUGGCUCCCAAAUCCUUCAGUACUGAAACCCCUCACAGAGUGUCAGGCCUUUUGACCCCACCCUUUACUCCUCCUGUAGCUAGGCAGGACAUGAACUCUUCAAAUGCAUUCCAAGAGAGAGAGGUUUUGAUAAGUUCUGGGUCCUGUGCUGUCCUUCUAAAAAGAGAUUUACAAAAGUCUGGCCUAAACAGAGCUCAAAGUCUCCCUACGGAUGAGGUGGAGGUCUUAUACGAUGGUCUGUCAGACAAUGCGGACAAAGAACAUCCCUGCCCUGCUACUUCCUCCCAGCUGCCAUUCAGUCCUAGUGUCAUGAAGCACAGCACAUCCAGCUUUCUCAGCAAAGCCUCCACCCCUCCACCACACUAUGCCAAAAAAGACAGGAGUGAGCUGGAAGGAAGGAGGACACUAUCGGAGGCCCCCAUGCAGGUGGCUAGGACUGAAGCCAGGCAGUGGAAAUCAGAGAUCGAGCCAUUGGCUGAGGAGAGGAAGACGAAGCAUAGCUCAUUGUUUUCACCACAGAAGAGCAAAAAGAGCCUCGGGGUGGAUGGGGAAAGGCAGCAGGAAUCAACCAGACACAAGUCCCUGUGGAAAAGUGUCUUUUCCGGGCAUAAGAAGGAUAAGAAGAAAAGGGAGAUGGAAUCAGUAUCCACCACUCUGCCAAACUCUGAGAACCUUGAGAACAGGAAGAGAACAUCUUGCCUUAGCAGAACAGACCUGUCCUCAAUGAAAACCCUGAGCUUCUCUGAAGACAGAGACCUGCAGUGCUGUGGUGCCAUGCUAGAGAGAUCUCCACUUAGAUCUCAGUCUGUUUACGUGCCUCACGCACUGGCAUUCAAGAGAACUUAUGCCAUAAAGAACCGCAGAAAGAAGCCAAGAAGGCCAGUCAAGGUGGCGACUCCAAGGUCAUCGUGUUCAACUGAGGUGGUAGGCGUGUGGGUGGUGUUCCCAGACCCAUCCAGUAUAAGCAUGUCUUCCACACUCUUUCAGAAAUCAGGAGCUGAGGAGGACCUUGAUGCCAAGCUGACCCGUAGAGUCCAAAGAGCUGCACGCAGACAGGCCAAGCAAGAGGAGCUAAAGAGGCUGCAUCGAGCACAGAUAAUCCAGCGUCAGUUGGAGCAAGUGGAAGUGAAGCAAAAGCAGUUGGAAGAGAAGGGCAUUGCUGUUGAGAAGGCUCUCAGAGGAGAAGCAGACUACUGGGAAGACUCUAGUACUUCAGACCUUGUGGACAUACACCUUGGUGGAAUGGGAAAGAAGGAUGAUCCCAGCCUGAUGCAACAGUGGUUUAAACUAGUCCAGGAGAAGAAUGCUUUGGUGCGCUAUGAAUCUGAGCUCAUGAUAUUUGCACGGGAGCUGGAGUUGGAGGAUCGACAGAGUCAGCUACAGCAGGAGCUGAGGGAACGCAUGGCAGUGGAUGAUCAUUUGAAGGACGAGGAGGAGUUGGCAGAGGAGAGGAGAAUCCUAGAGGAGAUGCUGGAUGUGGUGGAGCAGAGGGAUGCUCUGGUAGCACUCCUGGAGGAGCAGAGACUGAGGGAGAGAGAGGAGGACAGUGAUCUAGAGGCUGCCAUGUUGUCCAAGGGCUUCAACCUGCACUGGGUUUAACAAGCACUGUAAAUGGAACGCAGGCCUUCAUUAAAAUGUUUUAAUCUAGCAUUCAUUAGGACAGGGUUUCUCAACCGCUUGGCUGUGCACUACAAGUAAGCCACAUAGCGCCCUCUAGUGGACCCUAGGGAACAGCACGUGGGACUUGCCGUGUAUAUGUGAAAUGAAAUACUGUAGUCAAACAGUAGUCAAAAGUAAAAAUUAAUUGUCUACCAAAGACUUUUCCUAAUCAAGUUAAAGCCAAGCCAAAUUAAUUUUUUUUCUUCUCUGUGUUUUUCUUUAUUUUUCAGUAACUUUUUUGUUUGUUUUCUCAACAAUAUUUGUUUAAUUUACAAUUUGCCUGUUAAUUUAUUUAUUUAUUAGGAUUUUAAUGUCAUGUUUUACACUUUGGUUACAUUCAUGACAGGACUGGUAGUUACUUAUUACACAAGAUUCAUCAGUUCACAAGUUUAUUGUCAAACACAAUCAUGGGCAAUGUUGUAUCUCCAAUUCCCCUCACUUGCAUGUCUUUGGACUGUGGGAGGAAACCGGAGCUCCCGGGAGAAACCCAGGCAGACACAGGGAGAACAUGCAAACUCCACACGAAAAGGACCCGGACCGCCCACCUGGGGGGACCCCUUUUAUGCCUGUAGGACAUCAUGCAUAGCUGUACCAAAUAGGUCAGCCUUGACAUUGAAACGGUUGAGAAUCCCUGUCAUAAAAGCGGUAGCAUGCACCACAUUUGCUUUUGCCUACAACUGUAAAGCACUUGAAAAUAUUCUAUAUUAUGUAAGGCUUAAGAAACUGCACAUGCUAAAUACUGUGUAUAUAUUUAAUCAUUCAAACUGUAAAUGGAGAUGUCUUGCUGCCGAAUAGUAUUUCACUAACUGCACUAUGAAAAUAUGCUCACGCAAACCCUAAAUGCUGCUUCUGCUUCUUUUUAUUAGAAGCUUUUAUAUUUAUUUUAUGUAAUGCAGAGGAAAAUGUACAGUAGAUAGUUUAACCAUACUGUCUGAUUUUAUUUUGUAUGUUGAUUUGGAGACACACAUGCAUAGGAAAGGAAGCCAUUGUUAGUAUGAACACUUUGAAUUUUAAAGCCCAGUGCAAUUUUUUUCAGUGAUUUAAUAAUGAGCAAAAUGCAAGACUGAAAUAUCACAUGUAUAUUUUAUUUAUAACAAUAUUUAACUGUUUAUUCUUAAUUCAUUCAUUUAGCAUUUCUGUCAGUAUACCAUUAACAAGAAAGCAGAUUUCAUUUCUUAUUUUAUAGCUUAAUUUAAGCAACUGUAAUUUAAAUGGUUGAUCUGUAAAAUACUAUUUAUAACAUUCAUUUUGUUAAAUUAAAAUGACUACUAUAGUUUAUAUACUUUCAGAGUGAUACAUUUUGAGGUGAAUUUAAGCACUAUGCCUGGGGCCUCACUAUUUUUACUCUAAACAUCACACAUUACAUACAGACAUGAAUUAAAACUCUGUUUCAUGCUUUACAAUGUAUACUAAUGUAAUUUUGGUAAAAUGUGAAAAGAGGACAUACUUAAAAACAACAUGGAACACUGUCACUAUACUUUCCAUCAAAGUAAAGAACGGGUAAAAUGACCAAGUAGGAAACUCAGGUACCACAAAUGUGUUGGAAAUAAAUGUGAAUACACAAGGGAAUUAAAUAUAAUCCUAAAAAACUAAAAAUUGACCAGAAAAAAAAACAAAAAUGUAGGCACAUUUAAAUAUAGAAUAACACUCAGCAACAAUUGUAUUGCAGGAAAGUAUAAUGACAGAUUUAAAGAAUGUUUUUAAAGCAUUUAUAAGAAAAUCAUGCAGCUUCCUGUUUAUGCCAGCUUCAGAUGCCAUUGGUACAAUUUACUCCAUGUUUGUAAAAAAAAUAAAAAUAAAACACACCUGCAUUACA